AUGGCGUCGUUUGCCGAGUAUUCUUCGUUGCCCGAGGUCGUCGUGACUGACAUCAAGCCUAACCUGGGGUAUCAGCCCCGUGUGCCUCCGAAGUCUGAUCACUACUAUCGGCAAUACACGAGCGCAAAUGUCAUAAAACCUCACAGUUCGGAGUUGCCAUUACCGCGGCAGACUCCCUCUGUACUCAACCCUUGUUGCGUGUGCGGUGGCCCAUCCAAAGCUUGGAAGUGCGUACAGUGUGAUGACUUCUUUUGCGAUGAAUGCUGGCCGAAAGAAAGACCCCAUCGGCCAGGAAAGGUCGGCAUAGAUGGGCGUGAACACGAAAAGGUUGACGAAGAUAUUGUCGACCGACUGCAGCGCAUUUUCGGUCAACCCACCGCCGAGGAGCAGCAUCAACGACACACAAAUGAUAUCAAUACAACUUGGUUUGGAAUAACCAAGGAGUACGGCCAGCCUUAUCUGCAUUACUCUAACCGUCUGGUCGAUAUCCUACGUGAGAGCCAGAUAGGCGCAUUCACUGAGCGUUUCCCUCAAUUGGUCUCUUUCGUUGGACAGACAGGUGCUGGUAAGAGCACUGUAAUCAAGAUGCUUAUAGACCGUCAACAAGCCAAACAGGUCAACUCGAGCGAUAUUCUUGCCCCUGUCCCCGGUCUCGUGGGUGACAACGUUGCCACAACAGGGGACGUACACCUGUACGAAGAUCCAGGUACGUACCAUGCUCAGAGUCCUUUCCUUUACGCAGACUGUGAAGGAAUGACUGGCGGGGAACACGCGCCUCGGGGAUUGGCAUGUCGGGAGAAGAUUGAGAGUGCCAAGAGAUCCGGAAAGACUGUCAAGAACCUCCUUCGCAAGAAGAUCACUUGGGCCGAUAACCCGAAGAUGCAGUCGCGCGAGUAUGCAGUGACUAGUCUGUUUCCCCGAAUCCUGUAUACCUUUUCCGAUGUUGUUGUCUUUGUCCUUCGUGAAGUCAGGACCUUCCAGACUGAGGUUUUGACACAACUGGUCAACUGGGCCGCAAUGUCAAUCGAAAAGUCCAUCAACCAACCAAGUCUUCCACAUGUUGUCAUUGUUGUCAACGGCACUGAUAUCAAUAUCAAUGAUGAGCAAUGGGAUCCCAUGACAGCCACGCAAGGACUAUUGAAUGACUAUGAGAAUUCUGUACACCAAGUUCCAGCCCUCAAAGCCAUAUUGGCCAGACUAGCAGAUGCAGGAAAGUACAUCACGACUACCAAGGGACUUCUCGAAGAAUACUACUCCUCUGUUACUGUGGUGAGAAUUCCAACCAAAGGUCGAUACAUGCAAAUCGAUGAGCAAAUCGGCAAACUUUAUGAGAUCAUAUCCGACAGAUGCAAAACAUCACGUAUUCGGAAGAAGCAAGUCCGGAUGCUUCUCAAUGCUGAAACACUACCGCAGUAUGUUAAUUCGGCUUAUGAUCACUUUUCAACAAGUCUCGAUGAGCCCUUCGACUUUAACAACGAAGCACUAAAGCACGCUCCUCUGCCUCGAAACUUCGGUGGACAUAUUCUCAACCUCAUUCUCACUGUCUACAAUCAACCAGGACACCGCCGUCGGCAUCGAGACUUUUUUGCUGCGCUCAGUCGUCCCCUGGCAUCUUGCAUUAUGCUUGCUGCUACUAGAGAUAGUAUUCAGGGCUCGUACUCUGAUCUACUACGCAGCACAUAUCGGGAGUCGCUCAAUGAGGCUCUCCACCGUUUCUGUGAUCGUUGGCUUCCAUGUUCGUUUACUCGUGACGGAGAAACAUGCCAAAAUGUUAGAAACUCUCACACCAAGGGCCAUCAGGCAAGUAACGGCAAAAUCUUUGCUCGCGGCCCGUACGAGACAACAUUUAUCGUGGAAGAGUUCUUUCCCGACUGGAUCAAUCAAAUCGACAAGCACAUCAAGGACCUCAAUGAGCGUUUGUGCAGGUUUGACCAGGAAGAUAACGUUAUACCACGAGUCCUCAUCGACGUCAUGGCGCAGUUCUAUCGGGUCGCCCGAAUUGAUGGUUCCGUCUCUAACUUCAAGAGCAAUCUGACUUGUCUUUGCUGUGUGAGAAAGGUACCGGAAAAUGUGCUCCCUUGCGGCCACAUUCUCUGCAAAGCCUGCGUUCAGACCCAUGGCAACAGUGUUGGACAAGGUUUGUACCACAUGCAUUGUUGUCCUCUGCAUCCCAAAGAAACGAUAUGGCCCCAACCAGCUCGCAUCAGAUUCAAGCCAGAUGAAGCUGGUGUGAGAAUUCUUUGCUUGGAUGGAGGGGGUGUCCGGGCCAUCGAUGAGAUCGUCAUCCUUCAAGAAAUCCAGAAGGUACUUGGUCAUCAAAUCCCAGUUCAGAAUUUUUUUGAUUUGAUCGUGGGUUCCGGUACCGGUGGGAUAAUCGCUCUGGGUCUUGGGGUGAAGCGUUGGAGUGUAGCUGAUUGCAGGGACCACUUCAGGAGUCUUUGCAAACAGGCAUUCUCUCCACGAAUAGUCAAGAGUUUGUCAUCAGUCAGUACGCGAAGCCGGUACAAGACGAAGCCUCUGGAAAAGGGAUUGAAAUCAGCUUUCGAUCAGUACUCUAAUCUUUACGGUGGAUCCAAGCCCGAUCACUCAACGUCCAUCCGAGUUGCCGUCACUACAACAGUAGCCAGCGAGAACAGGCCAGCUAUUCUUUCCAACUACAACACUGAAAGCGACCAUGAUUCCAUGCCUUACAAAUUUGUUCGGCCUCAAGACCCUGAGUGGGAGCUCAAGACGUGGGAAGCUGCCCGUGCAACUGCUGCAGCACCUCGGUACUUCAAACCGUUUGUUCAUACAAACACCGGCAUCCAGUACACAGAUGGAGCCGUCCAUCACGUUUGUCCGGUUUUUAUCGCUGACAACGAGCGGAAACGAUUGUGGGGUGACAUCAAUCAACCUCCUCCAGAUCUUGUUCUAUCGCUUGGAACCGGCCACACCAAUUGUCGUUUGACCCACAAGGAGAAGCGCGCCUACGGCCAGAAGUCCUCAGCACUCUCACCGAAAAUUCCAUCGUCCCCGCUGCGGCCUUCGGGCAGCUUCAGCUCUAUGUGGAGGAUCAUAAACCCUAUCAUUGAUGACCAGAAAAGCAGUGAAGACAUGUGGAACAGUUAUGUUGCACAGACAUCAACUUCUUCAAAUGAGCAUCGUCAUGUGCGAAUUGACAUUGGGUGGGCAGAUAAGCGACCAGACUUUGAUGAUAUCGAGGAGAUCGAGACCAUUGAGAGGAAUGCCAUCAAUAUGAUGAGUGAUGGGCAUACUGUCAGGAUGACCGCGCACAAGCUUGUGGCAAGCUGUUUCUACUUUGAGCGAACAGGUGUUGACUCUCGAAACAGAGAGACGGGUUUGUACAAGUGUUCUGGUAACAUCAUCUGCCGCUUCGACGAAGGAAGUCGAGAUAUCAAGGGACUGGGUCAGAUUCUCAAAGACCACAUCCGCGGAAGCUCCUUCAUACCUUUUUUCGUCUUGGAGGAAGACUACGGCACUUCCAUCAUGAAGCAACACGACGUUGUCAUCCCCAUCGAUACUAUUGAGAACAUGUGCUACACCGGUAUUUUUAGACUGCGAUCCCACCUCAUCAUCGAUGGUAGUCAUGAGACAAGUUUGACGCGGCUUUCAUUAUGUCUACAGCCUGGAGGGUACAGUCACUCACACCCAUCCCAGAGGUCCGUCAACCCGUCUAUGUCAAUCAGUGGAUUUCCAAGAGAGCUCUUCUACCAAGAUGAUCCAUUGUCACCUCGCGCAGCCGUCGAAGAUGACGAUGAUAGCGAGGGUGUAUUUGAAUUGGCUGAUACAGAGGGGUUGACACCAAACACCGAAGUACCUAAGUCGUCGAUGCUGACAAUGUUUCGGAAACGCUCGCUUCAAAAGUCAAUUUCGAGAUUGUCUUUCGCAGCCAGGUCGGAAGAAAAGGUUGUUGGGUCUGGCGAAAGCCGAGAAGAUAGUUCUAUGGAGUCGUCUAGGGUAUUGUUGGGCUCAAAGAAGAGAUCGAAGAGCGAUGGAGAUGGAUCACUGCUUGAUGCAGGGGAUGGAAAUUCAGAGGGGGGGUCUGGGAAGCCUUUUCAUGGAUACUAUUAA